AUGCCAAUGCUGCCCUGGCCCGUUAGCGUGGUUGGGCUUUUGCUUUCAGGAGGGUGGCUUGUUUGGCUAUGUAGGUACAUAUGGUACUAUGGGUACGCGCCCGGGUGUUUUAGGGCAUGUGGCAUGUGCGAGUGCGAGUGCGAAAUGGCCGUGGGGCUGUGGGCCAUGGACCUCCAUUUCGCGAGCGUUCACCUUGGAAGUGUGGAGGAUGCGAUGGAAUGGCUUGGAGGAACGGGUGUGGACGCGACGCGACAUACAAAUACCAUGUGA